CAUUUGACAAAACAUCUCAGCUCCACACUAUGAUCUCCAUGCAGAAAGGAUAUUUCCUUGUCUCAAUACUUGCAACUGCAGGUGUGUUGUACAAAUGCUGGGAUUUAGAAGGCUAUUAUUCCAUUCAAAGGUACAUGCUUGGAAUGUUGCAUGUAAAAGACAAUUCUGGUUCUGAAAAAGAUGUUUCUGAUCUUGCAUUCUUACACCAGAAACCCAGGAUUAUAUUUCUGGAGUCGACUGACAACGUAGAGCCAACACCAUUAGUGGUGUGUUCAGUGGAGUCUGCUGCUCUAAGAAACCCAGACAAACCAAUUUAUUAUUUCAUGAAGGGAUUCAGUGGCAACUUGAGCCAGUAUCCACAGCCUGAGUACAAAGGCAUCCCAUUGCUCUCCUCAGUGAGCAAUGUCACCAUUCUACCCUUGAAUGUCACUGAACUGUUUGAAGACACUCCAUUGAAAAACUGGUACCAAAAGGUAAAUCCACUAAAGGAAAAGUUUUGGACUCAUGUGCUUGCAGAUGGCUGCAGGUUAGCGUUGAUCUGGAGAUAUGGAGGCAUCUACCUGGAUACUGACAUUAUAUCACUGAGGCCUAUGCCAUUUGAUAACUUUAUCUGUCCACAAAGUCCAGCUGUUUUCAGUAACGGAGCAAUGGGUUUCCAGCAGAAGCACCAUACCUUUUUGUGGAAUUGCAUGGAAGAUUUUGUGGCCAAUUACAUUGGACAUGUUUGGGGUCAACAAGGUCCUGAACUGAUUUCCCGUGUGCUGAAGAGAUGGUGCAAUACUAGUAAACCAGCCACCUUCAUUGGCAAGGAAUGCAAUGACAUCUCUCUAUGGAUCACAAAUCGUUUCUAUCCAAUCCCAUAUCCAGCAUGGGAGAGGUACUAUGCCCCCUGGAAAAAGGAGCAUAUAGAACGGGCCUUUUCAGAUACGUAUGGAGCACAUGUCUGGAACUUUAUGAAUAAACAGAAGAAAAGAAAAGUUGUUGCUGGAAGUGGAUCAUUAAUGGAACAUCUUUUCCAGUUGCAUUGUCCGAAUACUUACAAAAAAUUAAUUCAAUCCAGCAAUAGUACAGCAUGAUUUUGGACAUGACAUUGUGAAAUGAGUGACAUAAUUAAAUUGACAGAUUUUGCUAAAUUUACAGUCUUAAAAUACAUAAAACCUCUUUGACUACAAUUGUAAACUAGAGUGCAUUCAUUAUUAAACUAGGAAUUCUGACAACUGGAUACACAACUAUUCAAUGAUUCAAUGGAAAUACUAAUCAGAAUUGAAACCCAAUUUCCAACCCCAGUUUUAUGUGAUGUAACUUGGCAGUGAAGGUAUUUGCCAGUGACCACAAACUAGCUGAUCCACAGUCUGCUCACUGUAGAACAACAAAGCAACAACACUUGACAGGCUUCUCCGGUGAAAAAUAUUGAAUGAGAAAAAAAUGUUUCAGGUAAUCAGGGACACUGCAUCGUUGCAUUUACUUUACUCAAACAGUUUAAUAUUUUUGCAUUUGGUAGAAUGAUGAUUCUGUAUUAUUAGAGAAUGGCCAAGUGCUUAGGAAACUGAACUUGAAUGAUUUACAUAAUUCAAUGAAGGAUAUUUUCAAAAAAGAGUUAACAAGGAAGAUGAGAUUAUAUCUAUGCAACGGAAAAUAUCAAUGCUGAGGAAAUUGCUGGGAACACCAAAUUGACUUUUGGAUGCAGGGAGAUGACUGAAAAGCAUGAGUACCAUAACGUCAGAGAACACACAGGCUUACAGUUCACCUUGUACUGCACGAGAAGCUCCAGAUAUGAGUGUCUAUCAGUGACUGUCAAAGAGAUGCUCUUGAGAUCUUCAUUUGACAAUGGCAGACAAUGGACAAUGAACAAUGGAAUGGGGAACCUACAAUGCACUGUCAAAUGUCAUUUUUUGUUGUCUUCAGCAGAUUAUGUAUCUUGUACAUGUGACAGUAAAAAUCAAUGGAAAUUUUCCUGCCAUAUGUCAAAUUAUCUUUCAUGUCACAUCCCAUUGCUGCUAGUUGUUGUUGAGUAUGAUUGGAAAUACCACCCAAGACUCAAUACAGCUCAAAAUUUUCUCCCAAGUGCUAUUUAAUGUAUUUAAUACUGUUUUUCUAUUACUGUCUUACUUUUAUCUACUGCUUUAUUUAAUUGCCUGAGAGGAAGCCAAACAGAGUUUCAUUGUACCUAUGUAUAAUGAGAAUAAAGAUCAUUCAAUUCAAUUCAAUAAAUUCAGAAAGUGAAGAGAG